CUUGAUUAAUGCCGGAGUUUUAUUUGCUGUCCCCAACUGUUUAUAUGCAAAACUUGCCUAACAAGUGGUGGGACUGUAAGUGUCUCACGCUGACUGAUCUUCUACAUAUUUCAGUCAGGCAUCAUGUACUGUUGGUAGCUAGAUUUCAGGUCAAGCCCCACGCCUGCGGCCAUGCCCGGCGACGAGCUCUGCAACCCCUCACUUGCAACACAUGGCGCCAAGAGGAUGGGCGUCGCCACCGAUGGGAUCUCUGCUGCCGUCGGCUCCCACUUCCCCGUCGCCCUCCUCACCGCCGCUGGUCAGAGGAUGGCCUUCAGCUGCUGCUCUUCUCUUGGCCUCGCCGGCCAGCAACACAGCUCCUGUCCCUCCCCGCAGUGCCAUUUCCUCGCCCUCUCUCCAGUUAACGCGGCGACAGUGGCUCCUGGAUCUGGACCAGCGACACAGCCGCCGGACAGCUAGCGCUACAGCUAGCUAGGCCUCCCUAUCAGUCGGCAACUCGGCAUCCAUCACUGGCGCACCGGCGCGUGGUGCGCGCAUAUCAACGUUGUACAUCCCUGCAUCAGAUGGGGAUGUACGCGGAGCUCCGCGUGGCGCAAUGGGUGGUGGGCAAGGCGCUAGCCCCCGUUGCUGACGGCGUGUUGGGGGCUUGGGCAGCCACCAAGAACUUUGGUCCCAACGUUGAGGCCCUCAGCACGGAACUGCUGCUCGUGAAGGCCACGCUUGAGCAGGCUGCCCACAAGGAGCUCGGAGGCCCGGCAAUGGAGAUGCUGCUGCAGAAGCUGCGGGAAUCGGGGCAAAUUGCCGAAGACUUGCUGGACGAGCUGGACUACUUCCGCAUCCACGACGAGCUCCAUGGCACCUACGAGGCUGCCGACGAGCACGGCAAGGGUUGCGUCCGCAACCUUGCCCUCAAUGCUCGCCACACCGUCAAAGCUGUUGGCAAACUAGUCAAUUGUUGCGCUUGGCAGCAUGCUACGCACCGGCAGAGGUCACGCAACAAUCCCUCCUCAUCGUCAAACGUUAAUCAGGAGGUCAGCGGAUGCAUGCCCAAAUUUGGUAAACUCCUCCCUUUGUCAUCUUCCCCACAUCCACAUGUUGGUGAUGAUGACCGUGGCAAUGAACAAGAAACACCAAAGCUUGAGUUUAAUAGGGUUGAUUUCUCUCGAAGGAUGAAGGGCAUUGUAGAGAAACUACAGUUUAUGCGCAAUGAGAUUAACAAGAUUUUGAUACAUUGUGAGCCUAGACCUGUCCUAGACAUUACCCAGAGUCGUCCCAUUACCAAAGGUCGAAUUGAUGAGCCAAAACUAUAUGGGAGGGACCAUGUCAUGAAUAGCAUUAUACAUGAUAUCAUAGAAGGUCAAUACUGUGACAAGAGUGUGACUGUGAUUCCGGUUGUUGGUCCAGGGGGAAUGGGGAAGACUACACUGAUACAACACAUAUAUCGCAGCCAACAAGUGCAGAAUCAUUUCCCAGUCAUGAUUUGGAUAUGUGUGUCGCUCAGUUUCAAUCUGGAUAAGGUGCUAGAUCAGAUUAAAACAUGUACCCCUGCAGUUGUAAAGGAAAAGGUUGGCAGUACAACUGAAGAUUUGAUUGAACAAAGAUUAAAAUCUAAAAGAUUUUUACUUGUACUGGAUGAUAUAUGGCAGAUUAGUAAUGGGGAUGACUGGGGAAAAUUAUUGUCAACACUCAACAAAUCAGAAAAAAAGGGUUCCAUGAUUCUCGUGACAACUCGGUUUCAAGCAAUAGCACAGAAGGUUGAGACAUCUGGCCACUCAAUAAAGCUGAAUGGUUUAGAGUCUAAAGAGUUUAGAAAGUUAUUCCUUGCAUUUGUCUUUGGUGAUGAGCAAUAUCCAAGGGACAAACACUUUUUGCUUGAGACCGGAGAUAAGAUAAUGGAAAAACUGAAGGGCUCCCCUCUUGCAGCAAAGUCUGUUGGUAGAUUACUGAGUAAAGAUCUUAGUUUGCGGCAUUGGAAAAGGGUCCUAGAAAGUAAAGAAUGGGAGAAGCAGACUGCUGACAAUGAAAUUAUGCCUGCCUUGAAGCUUAGCUAUGACUUUCUCCCUUUCCAUCUGCAACAAUGUUUUUCCUAUUCUGGAUUGUUUCCCGAAGAUUACCAUUUUGGAAGCCAUGAGCUCAUCGGCCUCUGGGUCGGACUAGAUAUUUUGAUACCUAGUGGUCAAAACCAAACAUUUGAAGAUAUAGGUUUGAGCAAUUUAAGUGACUUAGUCGUUCAUGGUUUCUUCAGAGAAGAGGGAACUGAUGGUGAUCUCUGGUAUGUUAUGCAUGACCUACUGCAUGAUUUGGCAUUGAAUGUUGCUUCACAUGAUUGUCUUAGCUUACGUCUCUCUGAUGUUGGAUCAAUGGAAAUUCGGUCAUCCAUCUGUCACUUGUCUAUAAGCACAUAUGACUUUGGUGAAUAUGCAGUAUCGUGUGAAAAUUUGAAGAGUGAAAUGGAAGGACUUAAGACUAGAUUUAAGGUUGAACAUUUGCAAACAUUGAUGUUAUUUGGAGAAAUGGAUGAAGGUUUUGUCAAUAUAUUUAGUGAUUUUUUUGGGGAAGUGAACACUCUUUGUGUUCUUCAUUUUCCCAACAUGCUUUGUCCUGUGGAGUCCAUGUUACAUAACUUUUCAGGACUACUCCACCUACGAUACCUAUGUCUAGGCACAGAUGAGAGCCAGAUGCAUUUACCACUUAUCAUCUCUAAAUUUUAUCAUUUAAGGAUUCUAGAUCUUCGGUUGUGGGAUGGCCGUCGUGAUUUACCAGAAGACAUGAGCAACCUUGCCAAAUUGUGCCAUUUUUAUGUCCCAAGUGAUGAUCAGCUUCAUUCUGAUAUUUAUAAUGUGGGAAAACUGAAACUCUUGGAAGAGUUAAAGGUAUUUCAAGUCAAUAAGAAAAGUGAAGGGUUUGAAGCGAAGCAACUAGAGCAUUUGACCAAGCUAAGGGAGCUUGGCAUGUACAACCUUGAGAAGCUAGAUACAACAGAAGAAGCAGCUCAAGCAAAACUGAUGGAGAAAAAAUACUUGAGGAGUUUAACAUUGGACUGGGACAGUAAGCGGUCUAGUGUUGAGCCUGGUGCGGAAGCAGCGGUUCUUGAGCGCCUUCAACCACAUGAAGAUCUUCAAGUCUUGUGCAUUAGAGGGCAUGGAGGCUCUUCUUGUCCAACAUGGCUGGGCGAUGAGCUUGCUGUUGAAGCUCUACAAUCUCUUUGGCUUGAUGGUGUUUCUUGGGAAGUUUUCCCUUCUUUAGGGAAGGCGUGGGAUCUUCGUAAACUGAGGUUGGAGAAUAUUUCUGGACUGAAAGAGGUUAUCAUGGAGAAAAGUUUCUGCAUGCUAGUAAAGCUUGAACUCAUUGGCUUAGGAAGUUUUGAAAAAUGGGUUUACCCAGCUGAACUAGAGGCUUCCCUGGAUGGAGAGCAGUUGCCAGCGGAUACUCAUAUGUUCCCUUUCUUGCAAGUGUUGAUGAUUGAGGAUUGCCCGAAAUUCUUGGAGUUUCCAAUUUCAAACCACAUUCUUUACCCAAAUUGGUUUCCCAAACUACAAAAGCUUCAGAUACAUGACUGUCCAGAAUUCUCGUCAGUGAUUCACAUCUCUUGGAUUGAGAGUCUGCGCCAUGUCAGGAUACGACAAGUAAAGGUGCUAAAGGAGUUUACGUACUCGAAAUCAUCUGAUGGAGCAGAAUUGGAAAUUGUUGGAGAGGGUUAUCUGCAUAGAUUAGACCAAGUGUUAGUUUUUGAUAAAGAAAUAGGAUACCCCAAGCAAUCCCUUCAGAGAUUAAGUAUACGUAAUUCCCGGGCAUUUCUAUCCUCGUUUUCCCGUCACAGUUUCCCUUCCUCCUUGCAGUUCCUGGAGCUUGUAGGUGUGGAGGACUUGGGGACACUUGAGCCCCUCUCAAACCUCUACUUUGUUACUGAAUUAACAGUGUGUUGGUGUGGAGAGGAUCUGAAAUGUCAAGGCUUGCAGUCUCUCCUUACCACGGGGGGCCAUCUCAGGGAAUUAAAAGUCUUAGGCAGCCCUGGUUUCUUUGCUGAUUGGGAUCCCAAUCCUAGACGGGCUUUGGAGAAUGUUGAAGUAGGUGAAGAGCAGCAUACACAGCUUGUUUCAUCCACAUUGCGGAAACUUUACACGGAUGAUGCAGCGGGGCUCCUUUCUGCACCCAUCUGCAGCUUCCUCUCUUCCUCCCUCACCAAGCUGGAACUUAGUGGGCAUGUUACUGAAGGGAUGGAACACUUCAGCAAGGAGCAAGAGGACGCCCUUCAGCUCCUCUCCUCCCUCGAGGAACUUGCGUUUUUGUGUCUCCCAGUUCUUCAGCAACUCCCUGUAGGGCUGCACAACCUUACCAACCUCAAGGUUUUAUCAAUCUCCGAGUGUCUAGAAGUCUCGUCAUUGCCCAAGGAUGGCCUCCCAAAAUCCCUGCAAGAGCUACAUGUGGCCCAUCUCUGCAGCAGGGAGCUAAUACAGCAGUGCAUGGGGCUAGUGGGAACCAUCCCAACAAUCAGAACAUACUACUGAUCCAAGGUUUCAUUCUCUUCACCAUAAUCAGCUGUCAGUCUAGACAAGCUACUCUCUUUUCAUGCCAUUUUAUGAAUACAUUAUACAACACCAUGGACAAGUCACCAGGCACACUGUAUGAAAACUGACUGAAGAUAUGGUUUCCAUGUAAGAAUUAUGGAAAGUUCACAAGACCAUGUUAAUGAAAAAUAAAUAGAGAAUGCAGUAUGGAACUAUGGACUGAACUGGGAGAAGGAAGCAGCUAAUAGUUUGAUUAUAAAUCCCAUAUGUGAAGCUGACAGAAAAGGGGUCAAAGUUGGUAGUCUUGGACUCCUGACUCAGGACGGGCGCGAGUAACUGCAGAAGGUCUAGAUGCCGCUGAACAGUUGAUGGCACCAGAAGGAACACACCAGAAAUGUUCAUCCGUGCGAGAAACGGCUGCGGAGGUGGGUGAUGGAUUGGCUUGCAGCAAGUCCACGGAUUAAUGGUUAUGCAGAUAUAUAGAAAUUUGAUAUGCUCGCGGGUUCCAUACCAACGAAGAAGCGUGGCCUACAACUAGGUGUGACUAGCUCACUGGAGAAGGUUUAGAUGCCGUUGAACAGUACAGGGCACAGAAAGGAAGACUGUACUCAUGGUUCCUGCCAAGAACAGCACGCAAAGACUGCCAUACACAUGCUCGAUGACUCCACCAUUUAAUGGUGUGUGCUUAAAAACACCGGUCAGCAUUCAUUCAUGCGUGGUAAAUAGGCCCCAGUGAAGUGUAACUCUGCAAGCUGGCUACAUGUUGUUAUUAGGUUAACUGGCUUGAAAACAUUUCAGAAUCGGCUGCCAAGGAGGGUGAUGGAUUGACUUAAACCAGGCCGCAGAAUAUCUGAAGCCAUGCCAAGGAAGAAGCAGAAACACUGCCUAGGCUAGAAGCAGAGUCACCUCAAGCUAUCUGAAGUGUUGUCAUGUUACUUGGAAGUUGCUGCGAUGAGUACAUCAUUCACGUUCAUACUGUGUGCGUGAUGGAACCAGACUGCGUCUUCUGAAGAAGAAAUUUCGACACUUGUCAUGUUGUUAACUGAAGAAAUCGACACCCAGCGGUCGGGUGGUGCCAAACCGGGCGGGCUCAUCGUCGUCGACGGUCCGAUCUUCACCUAACGGCAACUUGCCACUUUGCCCAGAGUCACGACACACCGCCACACCCUUCAUCGCGCAUCCAAGAAAACGGCUCUGAAGACUGUAGCUGUUGCUAUUUGAAUUUACUUACCUUUUACCGCCUCCUUGACUGUUCGCCUGCUUUACUUUAUUAGCAUCGUUAAAGUUAAGAUUAUCUUUCCCUGGUUGUAAUGGGUAUAAAACCCACCCCGGAUCUACCUGAGAGAGCCCUGGAGCACAUCCUGCUGCUGCUAUGGUCUCUGCAGAUGUGAAGAUGGAACGGAGGCUACGUAACGUACCUGCCGGCCUGUUGGUGAAAUAAACGGUCAGCUUGUUCGGUAUGUUUUUUGCAUAAGAAGAAUGAAUUAUUGCACUGCCUGCUUGUUCGGUAUGCUUUUUUGCAUAAAUGGUCAGCUUGUUCAGAUGUGAACA